AGGUGUAUUUGGAAAUUAUUGUUUUAAAAUAUAAACAGUAAACCCGAUUAACAAAUAAGAAAAUGACUGCAAUUAACAUUGAACAAAAAACGAAUCCAUAUUUUGGCGGGAAACCUGCACCGGAGUACAUCUUUGAGGAUGAACAGUGCAUCGUCUUCGAGGCCGGCGAGGACAGACAAGCUCCAGUCCAUUUCGUAGUCGUACCUAAGAAGGUUUUACCGAGACUAUCUCUUGCUACAGAGGAUGACGAAAAAUUACUAGGACACAUUUUAUUGGUUGCUAAAAACAUAGCGGCCGAGAAAGGCCUGAUGGGUACCGGCUACCACGUGAUGGUGGACGAAAACCAUCGUACCAGGAGGUUCAUCGGUCUACACGUGUUUGAAAGAGCAUUGCAUCAUAUGAUCUGGCCUGUAGGGCCUGGCAGUAGACUUUAAAUAGAUGAAUUUUCGCUUAAAAAACAUAAGAAUAUGUUAUAGUACGCCA